AUGACCGACGAAGCAGGGGAACACGCUGAAACAACCUGGAAAGCCAACUUCAAUGCCGAAUUCGAUAAGAUAUGUGCAGUGCUCUGGUGCCAGAUCGAAGUACGUGCAGAGCAGACGCAACCGCCUAUCACUCCUACCUCGCAGCUCCAGACGGCAGCCAUCUCAGAGACCAACUCUAUCGAACCCACAAGCCCAGACACAUGUAUGGACGAUGCUGUAGUCUCCGCCAGUUGCCUUUCUCCUGAGCUGGGCAGUUACCUGGAGGCACCUCUCCUACGCCAGCCAUACACCGGGGAGACAGCCACGAACCGGAGAAACCCUGGGCCCACGACCCUCGGAAAGGGAUCGAUGGCACGAAGGCGCGAGUGCCCCUUAAGGCCUCAGACCGAAGACACGUGGUGCAUAGACACCGCGGGUCCGGGAACAGAUGGAAAUGACCACCACCCAGGUCAGCCAAAAAAAACCUGCAACGGAAGGACUGUCUAG